AUGCUUAAAGAGUGGCAAAUGCAUUAUUUAAAAUUGAUAGACUGCAAAUCAAACAAUUUUAAUAUUUCAAAAGUAAUCAAGCAUAAAUAAAAUAGGUUGAAGAAAUAUUAUAGGUAAGUGUAACUAGAAAGUUUGAGGAUUCACUCUAAAUUAAGAGUGUUUCUGAUUUAACAUAAUGUUUAGGAAUAUUUUAUAGUCUUGGUAGAUUAUCUGAAAUACUUGAAUUGAAAUGUAAUUAAAUAAUAAAAUAAAUAAGUGAGCAAUAUAAGAUAUUAUAAAAUUCUAAAUCCUUUUUACCAGACUAUAGAAAUCGAAUAAAAAAUGAAUUAAAUUAAAUGAUACUAAUUUGGUUAAUAUAUUAAGCAAUCAAUUAAAGUAAUUUGAUAUCUAUUUCAGCUGAUCAAUAUCAUUUAAUAACUAUAACAAGUAAAAGUAUGAGUUUACUUACAACAAUUUAGUUCACUUUUAUCCAAUCAUUAAAGAUAUAUAUUAUGACUAAUUAAUUAUGUUCAGCGAAUAGAUUGUAUAAUUUUAUAUUGAUUAAUUUAGUUGAUAUUUCCAUUAUCCAUUCUAUUAAGUCUUAAUUUAAAUGAACUCUUAGAAUAGAUGAUGUCUUCUUUAAUUGUUUUAAAACCUUUACAUUAAAUGUAGUUUAUAUUACUCUUAAAAGAAUAAAUAAAAAAUCUAGUUAGUGAUGUAUAUGUAUAAGAAAGAGGAUAAACUUAUAUUGAAAAAGUAUAGAAUAUAUUUUAUAUUGAAGGCUUUAAAUACUUUGACAUCAUUUAUUGAUUUUAUUAAAUUAGAAUUGGAAUAAAUCAAAAAUAUGAUGGACAAUCAUUUAAAUUUAUGA